UGUCGAAUCAUUACAAAUUGUUGCGAUGGUACUUCCAUGAUUCAACCAACCGUUAAGAAAUUUCAGGUUUAUGUUAUAAGUAUCUUAUUAGCCGAAAGAUCCAGAUAUCUCUUAGGAUUCAAUAUUUAAAUGUAGUCAUUGCUGUAAUACUUUUUCGAGAAAGCAAUCGUGAUCCUGAAUGAUAAAUCAAUAUCCAUAUAAUGACAUCUCUUAGUCGGCUUUCCUAUUGGAUUCUAGAUAAGCAUCAUUCCAGUCACUAUAAAAAAAAUAAAACAUAAAUUAUCAAUUCCAAUGUCAAUAAAUCAAAACCACGAUUCAUUCUGUUCGUGUUAAAGUUAUGUUGUACUCAACCAAGCAAAUCAACACUGCGGCACUACGACGUCCAAUAGAUUUCUGCAGCUAACCAGUAGCAGUCCUCAAGGUCACAAUUGAAAGUUUCUGCUAACCGAGUCACUCUGUCUGUAUUGCGUUCAGUCUAUCGACGUAGACGAGACGAAACGGUCGUUAAACUUAUCGAAGACAAAAGCAAAACAAAAUGUUUUCAUUCAAGCCGUUAAAUUGUGAACUCGUGAAAUCGCUCAGCUGUCCGGGAGCUCCGACGUUUAUCGAAGUAAAGUUAGAAGACCUUUCUGAAAAUCCCCGUCUCGAUAGUGAAUCUAAAACUUGUAUUCUGCCGGAAAAAUAUCAACAUUUUGCUGAUAAAGUGCGAAAUUUCGAGGUGUUUGAUGACGAUGUUUGGAUCGUUACUUUCCCGAAAUGUGGCACAACGUGGACACAGGAAAUGGUUUGGCUGAUGGAUCACGAUUUAGACUAUCACACAGCUAAGCAAAUCAAUCUGAACCGUCGUUCGGCAUAUUUCGAAAUUGGUGCCAUCGCUAACAACCUGUCAGUGGAUAGCAUUUCGAAUACCGCCAACCUUCCACGGCCUCGUCACAUUAAGUCACAUCUGCCGAUGGCCCUGCUCCCCAAGCAGCUGUGGACGGUGAAGCCUAGAAUCGUUUACGUGUCACGGAAUCCCAAGGAUGUGGCAGUUUCCUACAUGCACCACUACCAGAUGAUCAUGGGUUACCGCGGAACGGAGAAAAAUUUUCUCGAAGGGCUGUUGGCUGAUAAGGUGAUGUACUGUCCGCAGGUACAGCAUGUGCUCGAUUUUUGGCGCAUUCGUGACCAGCAAAAUGUGCUCUUUUUGACCUACGAACAAAUGAAACGCGAUCUGGUUGGGGUGCUGUCGCGAGUCAGUCAGUUCUUUCGGAAAUGCUUCUCCGAGGAACAACUCACGGAACUGUUUCAUCAUUUGUCCUUUGAUGAAAUGAAGAAGAAUCCGGCAACCAACAACGUUGAAAUGGUAGCGGCAGCGAUGCAAAUGAACGGAAGGGGUGGUGAGAAGUUUGAAUUCAUGAGAAAAGGACAAGUUGGUGAUUAUAAGAACGAACUGAGCGUUGAUUAUAUUGAACGAUUCGAGGAGUACAUCAGACAGAAACUAGAAGGCAAUGAUUUUGAUUUCAGUCACUAGAUGAUCGCAUUCCAAGUCGCCUCCAUUGUUUUUGUGAUGUAAAGCAAAUGUAAUUCAUCUUUUGUUCAAGUAAUUGU